UGGAGUCACUGGACACCAAAAACCUACAUUUUGACACUUUAUGCUGGCGGCUUUGUUGGUGCCGGAGGUUACAUAAGCUCAUUGUGAGUUCGCCGGGAAAGUCUGAAAACGAAACUCAGAGAAACAGAAAGACAUGGAGAUGCAGGAGAUCCAGGUCGAGCCGGAGGACAAAGCUGACGAGGGGAAGACCGGACCGAAGCCGGAGGACAAAAAAGCCGAAGAUGAGGGAAAGAUCGAACCGAAGCCGGAGGACAAAAAAGCCGAGGAUGAGGGAAAGAUCGAACCGAAGCCGGAGGACAAAACCGAAGAGGAAGCAGAACCUGACCACUACGCCAAACUCAGCACCCCGACCGAGAACGUCUACUCAGAAACCUACUACUUCCAGCCGGAUAAAACGACACCGAGUAAACCACCACAGGGAAAUGUCCGUCUGUACCGAGCCGGCUGUCUUCUCCUGUCUCUGCUGUGCUUCGUCCUGCUGCUGGCCGUCAUCAUCCUCAGUAUGAAACUCCAAACUGAAUCCACGGUCUGCCUGGACCCGGCACAAACUCUGGACGCCGGCGGCAGUAAUCCUCCUGCCUGCAACCUCGAUCAGUGUAUGGACGACUUCCCCGACGUCUGGCCUCGGUAUCUGGGCUGCCAGCAGUGCUCCAACGGAUGGCUGACUCUCGGCCGGUCCUGUUUCUUCCUGUCCACCUUCAGGCUGACCUGGGCCGAGAGCCAGAAGAACUGCAGCUCCAGUGGAGGACACCUGGCCGUGAUCAGCAACAGAACCGUCCAGACUUUUUUGACUAAGAAGGGGAAUCUGAAGUACUGGAUCGGACUGAAGAACACCGAAAGCACCUGGAGCUGGGUGGACAACAAGGCGCUGCAACAGAGCUACUGGUCUGAUGUUCCUCUGGAUGGAGACUGUGGGCUCCUGAGCGGCAGCGAUCCUGCAGAGAAGAACUGGAUCAGAGCUCCCUGUCGGGCCUCGUCCUACUUCAUCUGUCAGCUGCAGUUCUGACCUGUUAAAGAUCCAUAACCCUCCUUUCUGUUUGCACUAUCAGCUGUUAGACAAAUGUUUUAUAUUUUACACUGGAAGACAUUUUUUUAAAAAAUAUUUUCCUAUAUUUGACCUUUACUCUCGUAGAAGCAGCUUCAAUCAUCUGAACAUCUGACAUAUUUUUAUCAUAAACGCUGGAGAUUUAAAACGGCGUCUGGGACCUUCUAGAUGAAUAAAUCAAACACAUUCUGAAAUAAAAGGUUUUAAAAUCUG